AUGAGCAGUCUACUCCCCCCAGGUUGGGAUAUCGACUACGACGGCGCAAGAUGGGUAUACACACACCAACCCACCGGAUCAGCGCAAUACCAUUUCCCCCGCGAAGGCGACGAGUUCCCCGAGUUUCCCGACGUCACCGGCCCGACGCCAGAAGAGAGGCUCGAAUCCCAGAGGCUAUCGCGGAGACAGGCGCCCAGCUGUCCCUCUGGAAGCGGCGGCGGCGGCGGCAGACACCAGCACCGCGAUGCCGAUGUCGCAGACAGAUGGCGUCCACGCAUGUCAGCCACGGUUGCCACGCCGGUGGGUGACAAUCUACUACCUGUCGGUGGAAAUCGCAACGGGUACGAGUACGACGACGACGUCAGGCUCGCGAGGGAGGCUACGGAGGUCAUGUCCCCCGGUAGCCUGCUAUAUCUCGGACCCGGGCUGAGCUACCGCCGCUUCAGCACGAGCACCCUCGUCGACGACGGGAGCGAGGAUCCCGACCUAGCCAGUUGGAAGGCCUGCGAGAAGGAGAGUCCCCAGAUGGCACCCCGGUCGGAGAAUACCCUCUCUCUCGCACCGGUGGAGGGUACCCGUACGGAGGACCGAACGCAUGUACCCCGGCCUUCUUCCGUCCCUGCCGCGAGCAUGUUACCCCAUGUUCACGCACCCGUCGAGCUGUCCGGGUGCAGCCCAGAGUCAGUCGGUCUCGUGGCCGAAAUGCCAGCUCACGACGUGUCCUGCCGGGCAGAUGCGGCCGAGAGCUCGUCGUCCACGGACGAGGGCGCAACCAGAAGACGAGGCUCUUCCGCCGUGUCCCUCCCCCACGGCUCGGACGGCACCGACGAGGCUCCUACCCCCUCGCCGGACUGCGUCACGCCGCCCUUGCGGCCCAGAAGGCAGUCUAAUCUGCGACAUACCGUCACGUACCCUGACGAGCAGAGCUCGUAUUCACCUAUCGAGCUGCCCGUCGAUGCCGCGCACCGCGUACACGAGACGCCUUCUUGCUGGAGGGAUGUCGGCGCCGAGGCCCUCUCGCGGAUCGAGAAGCAUGCAGACCACGCGCCAGCCGCACCACCGAGAUCACUUCCCAUCAGGGCUUUGCAGCAGACGGCGUCGUCACCGACGCCUAGAACCCAGUCGCCUGCCAUAUCGAUGGUCAGCUCAUCGUCCGGAGGGGGAACUCUAGGUGGACCUCCCCCGUCCCCACCCACGCCAUCUCUAUCCCAGGUCGCCUUCUUCCCGUUCCCUGAGCGUCCUCGUCCGGUCACAGCCGCUCCUGUCCUUGUUUCGAGUGGGACAUUUCUAGGCCAUCCAAGCCUCGUCUCGCGGGAUGCCCUCGGUACAAAUUCUGUCGCUGUCGGUCGGGAACCCGGUGUGUUGUACACAGGAAGCAGCAGACCACAGGCUCAGUCCCUGGAGAAGCAGCUGCCUUCCCUGCCACCCAGCGUCACUGGUGCCCCCAUCCCAUCUAGCUUGGCCCCGGGUGUGUGUGCUCCUCGCCGGCAACCUGCUAGGCUUACUCCUUACCCGGAUACUCCUUACCCGGAUACACCGGUGCCAUAUAUGCCUGAAUCGCUGGUUUCGCCGCCCAGCAGCAAUGUGGAUCAUGGCUUCCAUCUCCCGUCGCGGCAGAAGCAGGACAAGCAGAAGCAGGUGCAUCAAUACCUGUGGGGAAAACAUGGCAGUGGAUGGAGGAGGUCCUGA